UGGGCCUACCCUGGAUGAGUUGUGGGAAAAAGAGCGAGCUUAUUUUUUUUUGAAAUGAGCUCAUUUGUUGAUAAAGUCGCACUUAUUACAGGUGCAAGCUCAGGUAUUGGGGCAGCAACAGCUCUAGAAUUUGCUUCAAAAGGAUGUUGUGUGUCGCUGAUUGGUCGGAACCAAGCCAGACUUGAAUCAACAGCCAGGAUGUGCCAAGAGGCUGGGCUUGCAGCAGACAAGGUGUUGGUUCUUCAAGGUGAUAUGUGUAAUGAAGAAGAUGUUAAACGCUUCGUCAAGUCUACUUUGGACAAUUUUGGUAGAUUAGACAUUUUGGUGAAUAAUGCUGGAAUGGCAAACAAAAACACAAUUGAAACUGCUUCUUCAAUGGAAACAUUUGAUGAUGUCUUCAACUUGAAUGUCAGAUCUGUCGUACAAAUAACUAAUCUUGCUGUUCCUUCAUUAAUUAAAUCUAAAGGUGCCAUUGUCAAUGUGUCCAGCAUAUGUGGUACAAGAGCUGUACCAAAUAUGAUUAUAUAUAAUAUGUCAAAAAGUGCUCUUGACCAGUUUACUAGAGUCACUUCCCUCGUCGUGGGAAAAAGAGCGAGCUUAUUUUUUUUCGAAAUGAGCUCAUUUGUUGAUAAAGUCGCACUUAUUACAGGUGCAAGCUCAGGUAUUGGGGCAGCAACAGCUCUAGAAUUUGCUUCAAAAGGAUGUUGUGUGUCGCUGAUUGGUCGGAACCAAGCCAGACUUGAAUCAACAGCCAGGAUGUGCCAAGAGGCUGGGCUUGCAGCAGACAAGGUGUUGGUUCUUCAAGGUGAUAUGUGUAAUGAAGAAGAUGUUAAACGCUUCGUCAAGUCUACUUUGGACAAUUUUGGUAGAUUAGACAUUUUGGUGAAUAAUGCUGGAAUGGGAAACAUAAACACAAUUGAAACUGCUUCUUCAAUGGAAACAUUUGAUGAUGUCUUCAACUUGAAUGUCAGAUCUGUCGUACAAAUAACUAACCUUGCCGUUCCUUCAUUAAUUAAAUCUAAAGGUGCCAUUGUCAAUGUAUCCAGCAUAUGUGGUACAAGAGCUGUACCAAAUAUGAUUAUAUAUAAUAUGUCAAAAAGUGCUCUUGAUCAGUUUACUAGAGUCACUUCCCUCGAACUGGCUCCAAAAGGUGUAAGGGUUAAUUCUGUCAACCCUGGUUCUAUUGAAACACCUAUCCAUGAAAGGGCUGGUAGGGAUAUUGUCAAAGUUAGAGAGUUGGCAGCCAAGAUCCAUCCACUUGGUCGAAUUGGUCAGAGUGAAGAGGUUGCCAAAGCAAUUACAUUCUUAGCAUCAGAUGACGCAUCAUUCAUUACUGGUGAUAUUCUCUCUGUUGAUGGGGGAAGAAAUGUACUAUGCCCUCGUUGACAGAAACUGGUAUUACGGUUUAGGUUGUGAAGUAAAAUUAUGUAAAAAACUAAUAAAAUAUUCUGUAGUUCGUACUAAUCCGAGUUUUGACAUUUAAUCACACAAGAUUUUAUGC